UCACACCACCGCAAAGCCCUCAAAACAUCCAAUAUUUCUCUCUUUGCAGUGACUGCUAGUUAGUGAUGAAACAAACUGAGCUUGUCUUCAUCCCACUUCCGAUCAUUGGCCACCUUACGCCUACAGUGGAGAUGGCAAAGCUGCUUACUCAGCGAGACCCCCGAUUCUCAAUCACGAUCUUCAUCAUGAAGUUUCCGUUUGGGUCCAUUGAUAGUAUGACCACGGACUCUGAUUCCAUACGUUUCGUCACACUUCCUCCUGUAGAGAUCAGCUCUGGAGCGACGACGCUUGGUCCCUUCAUCUCUGAAUUCAUCAAAGCUCAGACACUACUCGUCAGAGACGCAGUCCACGAGCUCACUCGCUCCAACUCGGUUCGGCUCGCUGGGUUCGUUAUUGACGCGCUCUGCACCCACAUGAUUGAUGUGGCCGAUGAGUUUGGGGUGCCUUCCUAUCUCUUCUCCACUUCCAGCGCCGCUUCUCUUGGCUUCCUGUUGCAUCUUCAGUUCCUCCAUGAUUAUGAGGGCUUGAAUCUUGAUGAGUUUAAGGACUCGGAUGCUGAGUUGCAGGUUCCAAGUUAUGCUAACUCGGUUCCAGGUAAGGUCUUCCCUCCUAUGAUUUUUGACAAGGGAGUCGAUGGCGCUGCAGGGCAUAUAUAUCAUAUGAGAAGAUUAAGACAAGCCAAGGGUGUUUUGGUAAAUACAUUUAUUGAUCUUGAAUCACAUGCUAUUCAAUCAUUUUCUGGGAGUAAAAUACCGCCGGUGUAUCCCGUUGGACCCAUUCUCAACACCCAAAUGGGAUAUGGUGGGUGUCAACAAGAUGCUAGUGCCAUCAUGAGCUGGCUUGAUGAUCAGCCUCCAUCGUCAGUUGUUUUCCUUUGCUUCGGGAGCAUAGGAAGCUUUGGUGCGGAUCAGAUCAAGGAGAUAGCAUAUGGGUUAGAGCGCAGUGGGCAUCGCUUCUUGUGGUCCCUUCGCCAACCUCCCCCGAAGGGUAAAAUGGCAUUUCCGAGAGACUAUGAAAAUAUUGAGGAAGUUCUACCAGAAGGGUUUUUACAUCGGACGGCUAGAAUUGGAAAGAUAAUUGGAUGGGCUCCACAAGUAGCGGUUUUAGCCCACACAGCUGUUGGAGGAUUUGUUUCUCAUUGUGGAUGGAAUUCUCUCCUCGAAAGCAUAUGGUACGGUGUUCCAGUAGCCACAUGGCCAAUAUAUGCGGAACAACACAUCAACGCGUUCCAAAUGGUGAAAGAUUUAGGAUUGGCAGUAGAAAUUAAAAUUGAUUAUAAUAAGGAUAACAACUAUAUUGUAAAUGCUCAUGAGAUUGAAAACGGAUUAAAGAAUUUGAUGAGCAUUAAUAGUGAAGUGAGAAAGAAAAUGAAUGAAAUGCAACAAAUAAGUAGAAGAGUUAUGAUAGAUGGUGGAUCCUCGCACUCUUCUUUAGGUCAUUUUAUUGAAAACGUGAUGGCCAAUAUUCCGUAAUCUAAUGUUUGGGAUUGUUCCUUUAUCAUAUAUUUUUAUUUUGAAUGCUGAUGUAAUUUAUUUAAUUUCGAAGUUUAUAAGAAAGUUUGUUCUCUUUUUAUCAUUUA